AUGGGAACACAGGGCUAUCUCGUCUACAGGUACAAGGGACGAUAUCUCAACAGAGAGAGGAGUUUCAGCGAUGGCUUCAGGCCGUGUUUGCCUAUCGGCUCUCGACGGAGCGGUUGUCCAAUAGUCCGUCCGCGCUACGAGUUGGAUCUGGACAAAACUGGUCUUCCACAUCAAUUCACCCGCCCCCGGCCGGUUUUAUCGUUCCGCGCGAAAUAG